AUGGCGAACAAAGGACUCAAGGCAGCGGAACUGAUAAGCCACCCGGCAUUCAAGAAUCUCAAAUGGAAGCUUCCGCCGACAGAAGAAGGCUAUGCGGAAGUUGCCAAAGGCCGAAGCGGUGGUCCGUUCAAGCUAUGGUAUGAGGUUCAUGGAAAGGGCGCGACGAGGAUAGUGUGGAUCAUGGGCCUCGGAGCAUAUCGAACGGCCUGGAAACGGCAGACUAGAUAUUUCGGCCUCACGCACGAUCAAUACACAUCCUUGGUCUUUGACAACCGCGGAGCAGGCAAAUCUGAUAAGCCAACAUGCCGUUACUCGACCUCUGAGAUGGCAAAGGACAUAGCGGAUCUCCUUGUGCAGGUCAAGUGGCUAAAGGACGACUUUACUCUGCUGGAUCCCAAGCAGAAGAUCAACGUUGUCGGUGUGUCCAUGGGCGGCAUGAUCGCUCAAGAGCUUGGUAUUUUCCUGCCGUCUGGGACGCUCAAUACCUUGUUCCUGGUGUCGACUUGGCCGAGAGCAGUAAGGACAGUACCAUACAUGGAGCACCUCAAGCAGCGUGCGAACAUGUUCAUUCCACGCGACAUUGAUAUCCAGCUGGAUGGAAUCUGUGAUCGGUUGUUCUCAAAUGACUUCCUUGCGGUCCCAGAUACGGAAGGCGAUGAGGCGUAUGGGCCCGGCGGGCCAAACUAUCCUACCAACCGCGAUCGAUACGCUGCUGGAGAGAUGGACAAGCGAAUGGAUCCAGACGGUUUCACGAAGAAAGGCUUUAUUCUUCAAGCAAUCGCAGCGGGUUGGCAUUACAAAAGUCCGGAGCAGGUUCGAGACAUGGCAAAGCACGUUGGCGAAGGCAGGGUGGCAGUCGCACAUGGCACGGUCGACAAAAUGCUCACGUUCAACCACGGCGAGUUGCUGAGGGAUGAGAUCGGUGAGAGCGUGGAAUGGCGGAAGUAUGAGGCAGAGGCCAUGUCCUGA